UAUUCGCUUAUCAGACCGGAAUUAACAUUAAAAAAUUGUCCUUCAAGUUAUUAUAACCAUUUAAUGAUGAGAAAGACAUUGUUUCCAGGUAGAAAAGGUCUUUUGGAAAAGCUAACUGGAGCUUUAAGGCAUGAGGAGACGCAUGACAAGGAAUCGAUUGAGAUGAAUGACUAUGACCGGCUAUACCUCAGCUUGGCAGAAAAAGGCCUACAAGAAUCUUUUACGUCGUUAGUUUAUACACAUGAUGUUCAUUCUAUCAACGACCUUGAGCGAAUGGAUACUAAGAAAAUUCAAAGCCGCACUCCAUGGCAAAGUGCAGAACUUUUUGCAGCAGCUUUAAAGAAUGCAAAGAGCUUGGAUUUUAACAAAUUGGCAAUGAAUAUUGGAAAGGUAGAUUAUGAAGCCAAACUCAAGGAGGAUGGUAUUCCCAUUAUUUCUCUAAAAGAUCUUUCAAUCACUCAAAGGAUAGGACGUGGACCUUACUCUGGCAUUGUCAAUGAGGCAACAUGGGCAAAGCCAAACAGAGAAAAGAUGAAAGUAUGCCUAAGGUUUGCAACAAGUACUCGACAAAGCCAGAACUUUCUCCAUGAAGCUAAGAUGCUAACAAAGCUGAAACAUGAUAAUAUUAUCAAGUUACAUGGUGUGGUGGUGUUUGGGGCAUUUGUUGAAUCUAUUGGACUGGUUUUAGAGCUUUGUCCUCAUGGUAAUAUUAUUGAGGGAAGUGAGAUACUUACGGUACACAGCUUGUGUAAGAUUCUCCCUCAAGCUGUGUCUGUACUCCAAUAUAUUGCAAGCAAGAACUUGAUUCACUUCGGACUUAGUGAUGCUGCUGUCUUUCUCUUUGCUAAAGACAAAAUUAAAAUAUCUGCAUUUUGGGGCUGCCAUCCACAAGAAAAAGUAGCCUCAAUAAGCCCCGCCCAGAUCCCCUGGCUUGGUAAUUCAACAAUACGCAACAAGGCUGACAUGGUGGCAUGGUUUGCUUACUUUGCUGAGAGGGUUUGUCAUGUCAUACAGAAGAGCAAAAUAGUCAAUGCUGUUCAGAGAAAGGAAAGUGCUGGAAAGACAUAUUUCAGUUUGGUUUGUCCGGAAGUAAUGUAUACCCUGUUGGAUCGAUGUAGUAAGGCCUCACACAAACUGGGUCGCCCUUCACUUGAGGAGAUCAUGGCAUUUGUCACUAGCAAGAGUUUCCCUCCAAUAGUCCAAAUGACUGGUAGCUACACAUCAACUGCUGUUGGAGACUUGUCUUUCGACAAUGGCGAACAGGUCCUUCUUAUCUCGAAAAACUGCACAAGGUUUGUAGACAAAUCUCACAAGUCUGGGGAAGAUCUUUGGUUUGGCGAAAAAGAAGACGGCCAGCUGGGGCUUUUUGAUAGUUCCAUGGCAACCAUACUAAACCCUGAAGUAGGGCCAACUUCUGAGUUGAGCCAGCAAUCUGUUCCAGUGGCAGACGGCGAUGAGCGUCCACCGUCUGAGGAACUUUCUGGACAGGUCCCGGUUGAAAUCACUGCGCGAGGGCCUGAGGCGGAGCAUGCGUACCGAAAGGCGCUGCUUGAAGGCAAGGUCCAGGUGUAUCGCGGGCGCAUCAUGCUGAUUGGUCAAGAUCGCGCGGGAAAGACGAGUCUGAAAAAGUCUCUGCUCGGACUUCCAUUUGACCCUCGUGAAGUGAGCACCGAGGGAAUCGAGGUGGAUCCAUCUACAUUUGAGGUGGAUAUAGACCAAGUGAAAAACUGGCGUCCAACUAGUAGAAAGGCGUUAGCCUCAGAAUUUGCUGAUGACAUCGCACGCAUAAUGGUGGAUGAGUUAACAAGAAAGGAGCCAGAAGAGAAACAGCAGCAUGAUGAGCUACACCAAUCACAACAAUCCCUCCCAGACCACGAGCAUUCCAGUCACGAUGAACAAACCAAGUUGAAUCAGGAUGAUUCUAGAUCAAGAUCGGAUACACCUCCGUUACCCAACGACGUUGCCGAAGAACAAAACGAAACUACUUUUUCUUGCGAGGCCUCCGCUUCUAAAGAAUUAUCCGCUGAAGAACCCGAAGUAUCCCUAGACAACUUGCAAAUCAAAAUCCAAGACGCGAUUCCAGAGGACGUGACAAACUUGGUAAUCCAGUACCUUCAGAACGUGGAUAUUAACCAGGAAUAUCCAGCAAGUCGGGAGACAGUAGUCAGUAUCUGGGACUUUGCUGGGCAACAUCUGUACUACGCCUCUCAUCCUGUCUUCCUGUCACCCAGGGCAGUGUACCUUCUAGUGUAUAACCUGAAGAAAGACUUAAACGCUGAAGCAGAGCCUUGCGUGCGCCAGGGAGUUUAUGACGUCUUGCUGGAAAACCCUGACCGACAGACUAAUCUGGAAGGUAUCUUAUCAUGGUUAGUUUCCAUCCAUAGCAUUCAACGAGGAGACGAGGAUGGAGAUAGCGAUGUUGUAAAGGAUGAAGGCAAAACGGACCAGAAGCUUCCGUAUUUGCGGCCACCAGUUAUCAUAGUUGGAACCCACGAGGACAUGGCCUUCGAGGAUCCCAAGAAGAUGGAGAUGCACAUUAAAAAAAGUCUUCAAGGGAAAAGCUAUCAGCAGCACGUGGUUAAGCCGUUUGUUGUCGUGAACAACACUCUCUCAUCAGGAGAUAAGGGAGUUCAGCUCCUGCAAAAGACCAUCGGUGAAGUGCUUAGGACGGAACCUUAUAUGGGAGAAGAUGUACCUGUGCGCUGGUUCAACUUCGAGAAGGUAGUGGAGACUCUAGUGCAGGGGAAAACCUACCAUCUCGCCCUGACAGACCUUGAGAGAAUUGUCAACGAAGUUUGCUUCAUCGACGACAGUCGAGAGAUAUCCGCCAUGUUGAAUUUCUACCAUGACCUUGGGGUCAUCGUAAUGCAUGGUGGGACGGUGGUACUGCAAGCUCAGUGGCUAAUAGAUCUGUUUAGACGUCUGAUUACCAUCAGGCCUUUUGAUGAGCAGAACGCCUUGUUUGCGGAGUACUGGGCCGAGCUGGAGGAAAAUGGAAUUUUGCAUAUGGCGUUAGCCGAGCACGUGUUCAGCGAGGUAGUGGCCAGCGGUCACUCCCAGGAGGACAUCUUGGCCAUGAUGGAGCAUUACGGCCUCAUCGCCAGGUUUAACAUCAUCGGGGGCUCGGACAGUAAGCGCUAUUUCGUCCCUGCUCAGCUAAGUUCCUCCCCGGAAGGUAUCGUUGAUGUGACGCCUUCUCCUGGUGACGCAUGCGCAUUGUACGUUCAUUUCCAAGACGGUUUUGUCCCACAUGGAUUGUACACGAUGCUCAUAUCUAAAUUCAUCUCUUGGAUUUCUAGCGGAGAGUGUAAAAAUGAACCAAACUUAUAUAGAAACGUCUCCAGGUUUAUUAUUGGUGCUGAAGCAGACUACGAAUUGAUAAUUGUUUGCCGAAAAAGCUACAUCAAGAUUGUGUUACAGUCAAUAGCAACAGACUGCGAUGACGAGGAAGCAGCUACUGUGUCACGCUCUCCUGUGUCACGCUCCCCCGCGCCAGUCAUCCGGGCCUUUAUUGAGCAAACCUUACAAGACAUGUCACUUGAAUGCCCUUGGCUCCGAAACAUGCGUUACCAGUUUUGCGUGAUGUGCCCAUCAUGCAUCGCGGGCCCCAAGCCUUGUCAGAAGCAUCGAGUCGCUUCGUGUGCAGACGACGACUGUAUUCAUUUGCUGCCGAUAAAUUCCGGCCGAGUUUUGAUUUGUAAAAAGAGUUACGGCAAGGGUUCGCGGCCCAAAGCACACGGCCUGGAGGAUUGGUACCAAAUCGAGACGUCUUCAGAGCCGCUCCCUAAGUCUGGGUCGAGCAUCGUGUCACGAGACACCUUUAUGCUCCUGGCCCGUGAGAUAGGCCCCGCAUGGAAAGCCCUGGGACGAGCGCUCCUAUUGGACAACGCCGAAUUGGACCAAAUCGAAGCUGAUGAGAAGCAACUGUACGAGCAAUCCUUCCUGGUGCUGCGCCGCUGGCAUGAGAUCAAUGCGUCAGCGGCUACACUCGAUAAUCUGGGAAGAGCACUGGUCAAGGUUGGACGCGGAGACCUGGGGAGGAAGCACUGCGGUGACGCACUUCAGGGGGCUGAGGCAUGCGCGCAAGACUCGACCGAUUCAGCAAAGGCACCAAUCCCCGUGGCUAGUCCUAGUUCCAGUCCCCCGGUAUUUCUCUCGUACCAGUGGGACAUGCAGAAAACUGCGCUAGAGCUGGGUCGCCAGCUGCGGGAGGCUGGUAUCGAGUGCUGGAUGGACGUGGGGCAGAUGGGAGGCGGGGACUUUCUCUACGCCUCCAUAGACGCCGGCGUCAGAGGCGCCAAGGUAAUGCUGUGUUGCGUGACGUCGCGCUACUGUGCCUCUGAGAACUGUCAAUGCGAGGCGACACUGGGUGGUCUACUGAAGAAGCCGAUAAUCCCGCUUCUGUUCGAGGAGAUCCCGUGGCCACCCGCGGGUCAGCUGGGACCCGUGUUUGCUAAGCUGUUAUAUAUUGAUAUGACCCAGUGUUCCGAGAACAUUCCUUCUCAGAAAUUCCAAGAAUUAGUGCAAAGAAUCGAGAAGUAUUGCUCAAAGUGAUAUAAAAAAAAAAACAGUUAUCCGCAGGUUUGCGGGACAAUAGUACGUUUCAGUGCUUUUAUCAUUUUAUUCCAAUCUAUUUUCUGGCGUUUUUACUUGAUUUCCUGUGCUUGUACAUGAACUAUCAGGAGGCGUGGGAUCUGGGACGAGGAGAUUAUCCUUUUGACGUCACAACUUUUGCCAGCUAAGGAAACCCGAUAAUUCUUUCUGAGGAAUUAUUGGGAGAUAAGGGAUGGACGCUGAUUAUACCUUCCUGAAAGUAGCUUAAUUCAUGAUACUGUGUAAUAACGCGCCAUAAAGUAAAGCUAACUCGGCGCGUUUAAUAAGUCAGGCUAACUUUGACGCCUCAAUUGGUUCUUGCAAGCUAGGUUGUGGAACCAAAAUGUAACAUUAACUGUAAAUAGCGAAAAGAAAACGCUGUCUCAUUUUUCUAAAAAGAAUCGACAACUUAAAAUAAAGCAAACUAAUAAAGCUUUAAAAUAAAGCAAACUAUACAAAGCAUAAAUAGCUUCACUGCCAACUUUAUUUAUAUCACAUUACUAACGUGCAGCUAUACUAGUAACAGGAUAUCAUAACAUACACCUAGGACAUAUCUAACGGAGCGAGGUACAUCUGAGAAAAUAUAUGGCAAAGGUCCCGUAUAUGACGUAAUCUUCGUGUAAUGUUCGGGCUUGCAUCGUGUCUACUUCGUGUUACAAUUUUGACGACAGUGCGAGGCGAAUAAAGUGCACCCACGGCACUGGUGACCGUGGCAGAACUGACGGCACAUGUAGUAGAGCUCUUCGCAACCCUCCAUACAUCCUUGAUAGGAAGGCUUGGCUUGAGCCUCACGGGCCUCGUGGACCACGAGGGCCAGUCCAACGAGACAGAGGAAAACUGAGAACUUCAUCUGAAAGAAAAAGACACUAAAUAGUGACCAAACACCGGAAGCCGAAGCCCGUGAGAUUUUAAGAUUCUGUACUCUAUCCUGUGAAUGCCACUGAUAUUAAACUAUUUUUUAUAAGAAUUUUUAGUUGAGGGCUGGUCGUUCUUAAUUUCGGAGCUGAGAGGCUGAGAAAGUUCUUUACGAGUUAUUAGGAAAGGAAUUACACAAAUGAUCAAUAGCUAUAAUAUCAAGGUUGUUAUUAUAAAUACAAUUUAAUUCUAUAUUUCAGAACGCAUCAAAAUAAAAAAACAGUUUUUUU